AUGUCGUUUUCCUUACUCCGCCCACAACUGUCGCAGUACACGUGCCGAUCGUGUCUAAUUCGCCUUUCACGCGCCUCGCGACGUCCGAUCUCUUCGAAUACCUACCACAUCAAAGAAAACACUGCUAAAGCCGAUGCAAAGGCCGCCGUACCAACAUCUCCCGCACGGACGCGUUUUGCGCCUUCACCAACCGGCUACCUCCAUCUUGGAUCGCUCCGGACGGCGCUGUUCAAUUACCUCCUCGCGAAACGGACAGGCGGUCAAUUCCUACUCCGGAUAGAAGACACAGAUCAGAAACGCACAAUACCCGACGCCGAGCAGCGACUGUUCGACGAUCUACGAUGGGCAGGACUGCAAUGGGAUGAAGGGCCAGAGGUUGGAGGUCCGUAUGGACCGUAUAAGCAAUCAGAGAGGAGCGCGAUAUACAGGGAAUAUGCGCAUCAACUGCUGGAAUCAGGCCAUGCAUACCGCUGUUUCUGUUCCUCUGAGCGCUUGAACGCGUUGGCGGAACACAGACACAAGCUCGGCAUCGCAACCGACUACGACCGCACAUGCGCCCCGCCCGCGAUAUCCAAGGAAGAGAGUGACGAAAGAGCGCACAAGGGCGAAGCGCACACUAUACGUCUCAAAGUCCCAGACCAGUACCCGACAUACAAAGACCGCAUCUAUGGCACCUUCAGGCCUCUCAAGCGACGCGGCCAUGUCACCGAAUCCGCGUACGAAGACCCGAUUCUUCUAAAGUCCGACGGCCUCCCUACAUACCAUCUCGCGAACGUAGUAGACGACCACCUCAUGAAGAUCACGCACGUCAUUCGAGGAAGCGAAUGGAUGCCCAGCACGCCAAAGCACAUCGCCAUGUACCAAGCCUUCGGGUGGACACCCCCAGAGUUCGCGCACGUCGGCCUCCUCGUCGACGAGAACGGCAACAAGCUCAGCAAGCGCAACUUCGACACCGACAUCACCGCCUUCAAAGAGAUGGAGAUAUUUCCCGAGACCCUCACCAACUUCGCUGCGCUACUCGGAUGGAGCCACAAAGAAAAGAGCGAUGUCAUGGACCUGAAAACACUAAUUGAUAACUUCAGCCUGAAGUUCACAAAAGGCAACACUACCGUUACAUUCGGCAAAAUGCAGUUCCUCCAACGCAAACACGCCCUGCAACGCGCCUCGACCGGCGGCCCCACCCUCGAAGAAAUGGUCCGCAACGUCUCCCGCCUCCUCACCUCACCCGACUCGCCUUACCAAGACUGGAAGUCUAUAAUCGGAAGCCCCCUCCCCGACGACUACAUCCGCUCCAUCAUAACCGCCGACGCAGAAAACUACACAAACGCAAACGAGUUCCUGUACCGCAACUCAUUCUUCUUCACGCCCCUACGACCAUUUGAUAAGCAGCCGCCCAUGUCGACGACUUCCGAUAUACCCAUGCGCGCACAGAUGCUAGCGCAGAUCGAAGAGAAGGAUUGGAAUAAGGAGAAUUUGAUGCAGAAGGUGCAUGAGAUGAUUGAUGGGAGGCCCGAGGGGAAAAAGGGCGCGAAGGAUGUGUAUCAUUAUUUGAGGAAGACGGUUACGGGGCAGGAGCACGGCAUGAGGUUGUAUGAUAUCUUUGUUAUUCUGGGUAGGACGGAGACGCUGAAGAGACUGGGGCUGUUGGUCAAUUAG